AUUAUUAUCUAGUUCUGUAGUAGUUUAAGACAUGUGUAUAAGGUUUUCUACAAAAGUUGCUGAUCCAUAUGCUAAUAUUCCAAGUCAUAAAGCAUUUACCCGUGCAUAUCUUUCGACAGUUACUGCAGACCUUGGCCAGGACAACUUCCUGACAUGUCCACUUGGUAUACUGUUCACACUCGGUAUCCUGUUAGGUUCUGGUGGUGCUCAAAGUAGAACAGGUUUUCAAAUUGGAAAAACAAUCCGACUGAAAUCAACGUCUUCUUCAUGGAAUUCCUCUGAAGCUCAAGAAGAAAUGAAAUCAUUAUAUAAAGAGCUUAAUGACUCGCUUACUUCAGAGAAAACAUUUUUAAAUGAGAAAGAAGAAAAGGUUGUUAGAAUAUCAACAGGUAUAUUUGUACAAAAUAAUUAUGAAGUUGAAAGAAGUUUUAACGAAAGUAUUGAAAAUGAUUUUGAAGGCGAAUUGAAACAGGUGGAUUUUUCUAAUCCAACUAAUGCUACACUUGAAAUCAAUGAUUGGGUUGAUCAACAGUCUAAUGGUUUAUUGGAAAAAUUCUUUAUAGAUGAUAUUCCAGAUGAUACUGCAAUGAUACUGGUAAAUGUUUUCUACUUUAGAGAUUUUUGGGAGAGUCCAUUUGAGCCUCAUUACACUAGAAUAGAGAAUUUUGAUAUUUCGCCGAAUCAUCAAAUAACAGUUCAUAUGAUGACUCAAGAUGCAGUGAUGAUGUAUGGAAAAUUCAAAGAUGAAGGAUUUGAGAUCGUCAGUAAAUCAUUAAAUAACACACGUUUCUCAUUUGUUAUCGUGUUACCUCUUGAAAAGUGGUCGUUAAAUGGUUCAAUGGAACUUUUGAAUGGCAAUAAAGUUUUAAGUGAAUACGUAAAGAAUUUGAAAGAGACGACAGUGUCAUUACGAUUACCGAAAUUUACAUUGAAAAAUACACUUGACCUUGUGCCGACAUUGAAGUCUAUCGGUAUUGUCGAUUUGUUUGAUCCAGUGAAAGCUGAUCUGUCAGGAAUCACACCUAAUCACAAUCUAUAUGUGAAUAAAUUUAUUCAAACAAAUGUAUUGAAAUUAAAUGAAAGUGGAAUUGAAGCAACCACUGUAACUUCACCCAUAUUUAUGCCUAUUUCAGCCAUUAUACCAGAAGUAGACUUUCAUGUGACUCAUCCAUUUAUAUGCUUUAUAUAUGAUCAACAAUUAACAAUGCCGAUAAUGGCAGCUAAAGUAAUAAAGCCGAUUUUACUGUCAUAGUGAAACAUUAAUCCAUUCAUAUUUAUUUGAUAAUUAACUGAUUUCCACAUAGAUCUUUUGUUUUAAUACAGUUAAUUAUAUUAGAAACAAUCGUAUUGUUUACUUUUCAGUGAUUGACAAAUAAAGAUUAUCCACUUUUC